AUGAUUUAGUUUUUUGUACCAAAUUUGAGUUCAAAAGAGUUUUAAAUAAUAAUAAUAUAGGUAAUAUUGUGUCUAAUCUUUUAUGUGUUAAGAGUGAAAAAAAUCAAUAAUAUAUUGGCAUAAUUAUAAGAGUAAAUAUAUAUAUAUAAUGAAGAUUUUUUAAUUUAAGUGAAAUAAUGAAUGAUUUAGUAAAUUUAAUGAAAGUACUUUUAGUAAUUGUUAGUGUUGUUCAUAAUUUUGGUUGUCUUUGGCAUGGUAUAGCUCAUUUUAAUUCAUAAUUUUCUUGGCUUGAUGCAUAUAAUUUAAGGGAUUAAUAAAAUGGAUCAAAAUAUAAUGUAGCUAUCUAUUGGGCAACAAUGACUAUGACUACAGUUGGAUAUGGAGAUAUUACUGCAAAAAAUGAUUUAGAACUUUUGAUUAAUAAUCUUACUAUGUUCAUAGGUUCAAUUGUCUUUGCUUAUUCUGUUAAUAGUAUAGGUAUAUUAGUUACUAAUAUUUAUAAAAAUUCAAUAGAAUAUAGUAAGACAGUUAGACUUAUAAAUAAAUUUAUGAUUAAGAAUAAGAUUGAGUUUGAUUUAUAAACAAAAAUAAGAAGUUAUUUAGAAUAUAUUUGGAAAGAAGAAUAAGAAUAGAAUGAUGAUUAAGUUGGUGAUGUAAUUAGUAAAUUAAGUAAGUAAUUAUAAGAAGAAUUAUAAUUUUAAUUAAGAGGUAAUAUCUUAAGAAAAUGUAAAAUAAUGAUAAAUACCUUUUCAGAAUCUUUAAUUAAGAAUUUGUUAUAAUUUAUGGAAGAAUAAUCUUAUUCACCAGAUGAAAGGAUCAUUUCUGUAUCAUAUAAUUAAUAUUCAUUAGGUAAAUGAAUUGGAUGAUUGUGCAUUGUAUAUAAUAACAAAAGGAGAUGUAGAAUUAAUAUUUGAAGGAGUAGAAAUGAAAGAAAAAAUUAAAAGAAAUUCAUUUAAAAAUUAUACUUAAUUUGAUAGUUUUGGAGAAUUCUCAUUUUUUUCAGGAAAUCCUAGAACAGCAACAGCAAUUUCAAGAGGUUUUACAAGAGUAUUCAAAAUAAAAAGAUAAGUCUUUUUAGAUAUCCUUAAAUGUUAUCCUGAUGAUUAAGAGAAAUACUUUGUUAUUAGAGAAUAAUUAAAUUUCAAAGAUUAUGUUCCUUUAUAAUUAAGAUGUUUUAGUUGUUAGAGUAAUACACAUAUGAUAAUUGAUUGUAAUUAUGUUCAUUAUUGUGUUGAUAAAGAGAGAGUUAUAAAAUAAGAAUCUUAUCCAAUAUAAUAAGAAAGAAGAUAAGGACAUCAAAGAUACAAAUAAAAAUUUAAUUCCAGAAUUAAUCUAAAUAUAAAUUAGGUUAAAGCUGCUAAUUAUAUUAAUGAUAUUAGUUUCAAGAUAACUGAAGAUUAUGAAUCACCAACAUAAGCUAUGUAUGAUAUAUUUGAAGAUGUAGAAAUAGAUGAUUAAAGUAAUCAUACUAAUAUUUAUUAGACUAAAACAUCAAAUCUCUUAUGGAUUUUAAACAAUAAUCAGAAAACAAUCAAGAUGAUGAUUAAUCAUAAUAGUAAUCUAUUAUCAAUUUUAAGAACAAUUUAAGUAAAACUGCUUUAUAAACAUUAUAAACUGCAGGUUUUGGAAUUUAAAAUAUUUAGAAGAAAGAAGGUAUCAUGAUUAUGAAAUGAAUAUUUUAUAGUAUAAAUGAUAUAAGAGGAAGAAGACAGUUCUGAUGAAUCCAAAAAUUAAAUAGAGCCAAUAUAUUCUAAACAUAAUAUAAUGAAUUCAAAUCUUAGGUAGGCUAGAAAAUCAAUGAAGUCAUCUAAAAGGAUUUCAACUGAUAAUAAUAAACAUUAUAGACCAUCCAUAGAUAUGAAAAUAAUUGGAAAUCAUAUAUAAUCUGAUUUAAAUAUAAAACAUCAAUCAAAUGUUAGCAAUAAUAUCAAAUCUAACAAAUCAUAAGCUUUACGAACAUUAAUACAUUAACAUAAUCCAACUAUUAUUACAACUUUAUAAAACUUACCUUAAAGUACCUUUUAAGUUAAUUAAGUUAUUUAAGGAUUUGAAAAAAUGCAGAUUUAUUAAUUUUAUCAACCUAAAUAUAAUUAUGAUUAAGUUAUUAAGAGGUAAGAUGUAAUAUUGAAUAGAUAUGCAAAAUUACAAAAGUUCUUUGGUAAAAAAAGAGUAUUUCCAGAGUUUUCAGUAUAUUCCUUUUUCUAUGAAGCAAUAUAAAAAGGAGCCAAGUUACGAAGGAUUGGAGAAUUUUAAAAAGUAUAGAAAUCUCCUAGGAUGCUAAAUUUGACAUUGAAGAAAACCUUGAGGUCUAAUUAUGCAUUGAGUAGAUAAUUAGGUGUUUAGAAUGUUAUGAAUUGA